AUGAGUCAAUUACUUGAGAAAGUACUUCAAAUGAAUGUUUAUCUUCAACCUGUGCAAUUCUGUCUUUCAGUUUUGGCGAAUACACUUAAUAUAUGUGUAUUAAGCUGUCGUGCUCUUCGUUCAUCAUCAUGUACACACUACUUUAACGCUUAUGCCGUCUUUUGUAUUAUGUAUACUUCUUUGGUAUGUUCAAUAAGUUUUGCACGUAGUUUUUCCAUCGAUUGGACAAAUACUCCAAUAGGAUGUAAAAUGUAUACGUAUUUUCUAUUCUUAACACCAUUUUUAGCGAGAAUAAUGCUUGCAUUGGCAUCAUUUGAUCGUUAUUGUUUAAGUUGCCAAUUACAUCUACUUCAAUCAACAAAUACAAUAAGAAGAGCAAGAUUAUUUAUUGUUAUUGGUACAAUAUUAUCUACAAUCUAUAUGUCACCAAUGUUGGUUAUGUACUACUUGAAACAAUCAUCGGAUACAUGCUUGCAAUACUCAAAUCUACUUAUCAGUGUUUAUGUAUUCAGUCAAAUUCUUCUUUAUUAUAUAUCAGCACCUCUAUUAAUGAUCAUAUUCGGCCUGUUGACUAUAUCUAAUACUCAACAGCACAUCGCUCGUAUAGGACCUCCAUUACAUGUUGCACAUGGUCGUCGAACCGAAAGACAAUUAACUCGAAUGUUGCUUAUUCAAGUAAUUGUUCAUCUCGUUCUUACUGUCCCAUUCGGUAUUAUUUACAGUAUGAAUGCGUUUGAUCCAUCAACAAGAACACCGAAUAAUAGAGCCGUGCGUCAAAUAUUACUCAUAUG